AUGAAGUACUCGUACAGCCUCGCCGUCUCUGCGUUGGCGGUCAUUGUCAACGCACAAUCCGCUCCAGACUUUCCAAUUGAGGUGGACGAGCGCUUCAGCGUCAUCUGGGCAGACACCACGACCAGGCUGAGUGCUGGUGACCUCGUCCCACGGGAUAGCAUCCUCGAAGCCCCCGAGCUCCUCGCACCUAACAAUUCCUCUUCCUCGGAAACGUAUCUCGUCUUCCUCAUUGACCAGGACGUCGUGCCAGAAGGACAGGAUGAAAAGGUUGAAUUCUUGCAUUGGUUCCAGCCGAAUUUGGCCGAGUCGGAUGAUCUCCUCACUGGGCUCCUAGCGAUCCAGAAUUCCUCAGACUCUUCGAGCGCAACCCUUCCGAGUGCCUCUUAUCUCGCACCUACACCUCCCGGCGGAAGCGGUGUCCAUAGAUAUACAUUCGUGUUAUACUCUCAGCCGGAUGACUUCAGGGUACCUGCCACGUAUGCGGCGUUCUUCGCGGAUGUGCCAGACCUUUCCAACAGACUGCCAUUUGACAUCGAGAAGUUUGCCGAGGACUCGGGCCUGGGAGAGCCAGUCGCUGCCAACUGGUUGCGUGUCCUGAAUGGCACAGCUGAGGAGACGAGCAUCGCCUUGACCAGCACUGCAGCCCCCACAACGACUUCAUCGGACUCCACCAACACGGCUUCGGCCACGACAACCUCGACAUCGAGCGGGUCGUCGACUGGAACGGCCACGAGAACAACUUCGAGUGACACCGCAGCCGCAACCGCAACCGGCAAUAGCGCCGGAAUGAUGGACGCGCGCGGCAAUCUGAAAGAGUUGGUAUUUGGCCUUGCUUUCGGCCUGGUCGGCAUGGGAUUGUGGCUGUAA